AUGUUACUAUUGGUGGAGAUACUGUUAAUAGUAUUGCCUAAAGUGCUGUGCAAGAAAUCAACCCUUCAAUGUGACUUUCGGGAGCCUCUUCCUAUUCGGCACACCUAUCAUCAGCUUGGAGAUGUUAAUAUUGCUGGCAUUAUUUCUGCAUUUGUGAUAUUUUCUGACCCCAUUGAGUUCACUCAACAUCCUUCACAGGCAUUUCAUGAUGGAUUUCUAAUAAUUUUUCAGAAUUACCAGCAUAUCCUGGCUUUAGUGUUUACUGUAAAAGAGAUAAAUGAAAAUCCCCAGAUCCUACCCAACAUCACGCUGGGCUUCCAUAUUUUUAACAGCAAUUUUAGUCCAAGCUGGACUUUCUUUGCCUCAAUGAUUCUACCUUUCACUCAGGGCAAAUUCAUCCCUAACUACAAGUGUGGGAUCAUAAAUACAUUGGCUGCAGUCAUUGGGACACCUGACAUCUCUCUUCACAUGGCAACUGUACUGGGAAUCUGCAAAGUUCCUCAGUUGACCUAUGGCUCUGCUCCAGUCAUAGAUAAAGAGACUCAAGCAGUUUUCUUCCAAAAAAUGUUUCCGAAUGAAUCCCACCAACGUAAGGGCCUCCUGCAGUUAUUGCUGUAUUUUAGAUGGAUCUGGAUUGGAAUUCUUGUAGUAAAGGAUGAGAAAGGAGAGAAAUUCCUCCAAGAGGUACUCCCCACUUUUUCUGAGCAUGGCAUCUGCACUGAAUUCAUAGCAGAAUUCCCAAAUGGAGCUUUUUACAGUGAUUUUGAUGAAACGAUAAAUGAAGUGCAACAUAUAUACCAUGUUCUCAUGAACAGCACAGCCAAUGUGAUAAUCUUAUAUGGUGAAUUUCAGUCCUUAACAGUUCUGAGAAGUAUCCUCCACAUUUCAGAAGUGGACGAUAUACCAAAGAAGAAUAAGAUUUGGUUUAUAACUGCUCAAACAGAUUAUACUUCGACUUCCUUUCAUAAAUCUUGGGAUAUAAAUUUUCUGCACGGUGCUUUAUCCUUUGCAGUUCACACAAAGGAAAUCCAAAACUUCCAGGAAUUUCUUCACAAUCUAAAUCCAAGCAACAAUCAGAAUGAUCAUUUUCGGAAAGGUUUCUGGGAACAGGCAUUCAGUUGUUUCUUCCCAAACUCAAAAAUGGAGGAGUCUGAGAAGAAAUGUACUGGACAGGAGAAGCUUGAAACCCUUCCUACAUCUGUGUUUGAAACAAGCAUGAGUGGCCAGAGUUAUAAUAUUUACAAUGCGGUCUAUGCUGUGGCACAUGCUUUGCAAUCUCUCUCUCUAGCCAAAUCUAGAGAAACAAGAAUGAUGAAAGAAAGAAGGAAACAUUUUCACAAUCAAGUGUGGUGGCAGAUGGUUGCUGAACAAGCAGUCAUUAAACGAUCAACACCUGUACAUAAGGGUUGCUAUGCUAUCUCAGUUAUUGUUGUUGCUUUAUUGCCCUUUAAUCCUUCACCCCCUGAACUUCUGGCCUUUAAUGGCAGGAAGCAGGUUCAUUCUUUUCUGAGAAGUGUCAGGUUCAACAACAGUGUUGGUGAAAAGAUCUCCUUUGAUACAAAUGGAGAAUUCAUUGGUGGAUUUGAUAUUAUCAACUGGAUCACAUUCCCAAACCAAUCAUUUCUUAGGGUCAAAGUUGGAGUGAUAGAUCCCACAGUUCCAGCAGAGAAGUUCUUCAAUAUUUCUGUAGAUUCCAUCACAUGGCCAGUAGGCUUUAACCAGGCAUUACCUUUAUCUUUAUGUAAUGAUCCUUGCGAGACAGGACACAGCAAGGCCAAGAAAGAAGGAAAGUUGUUUUGUUGCUAUGAUUGCCAUCUAUGUCCAGAGGGGAAAAUAUCAAACGAGAAGGACAUAGAUGACUGCUCUCCAUGUCCAGAAGAUCAAUAUCCAAAUCCCAGGAAAAAUGUGUGCAUUCCAAAGCGGAUCACCUUUUUGUCCUAUGAAGAACCCUUGGGGAUUAGUCUGACUGUUCUUUCUCUUUGCUUUUCUUUAAUGACAGCUUUGGUAAUAACAAUCUUCAUGAAACACAAAGACACUCCCAUCGUCAAAGCCAACAACCGGAAUCUCACUUAUACACUCCUAGUUUCUCUUCUCCUCUCUUUCCUUUGUGUCUUUCUAUUUGUUGGGAAGCCCAAUACGAUUGUGUGUCUCUUUCGACAACCAGCUUUUGGGCUCAUCUUUUCUGUGGCGGUUUCUUGUGUCUUAGCCAAAACCUUUGUUGUGGUUCUAGCAUUCAUGGCCACCAAACCCGGUUCCAGAUUGAGGAAAUGGGUUGGGGGAAGGAUGGUCAGUUUCAUUCUUCUAUCCUGCUCCCUUAUUCAAAUAUGUGUUUGUGCUGUGUGGCUGAUAACAUCCCCACCAUAUCCAGAUUUUGAUGCACAUUCAAUACCUGAAGAACUUAUCCUGGAGUGCCAUGAAGACUCGGUCAUGUUCUACUGUGUUUUGGGCUUUAUGGGUUUUCUUGCUCUGCUUAGCUUCUCUGCUGCUUUUCUAGCUAGGAAUUUACCUGACAGUUUCAAUGAAGCCAAAUUCAUCACCUUCAGCAUGUUGGUCUUCUGCAGUGUUUGGUUGUGUUUUAUUCCAACCUAUCUAAGCACUAGGGGAAAAUAUACAUUGUCUGUGGAAAUCUUCUCCAUGGUCUCCUCCAGUGCUGGCUUAUUGGUGUGCAUCUUUUCCCCCAAAUGUUUUAUCAUUGUGAUGAGACCUGAGCUUAAUGAUAAACACCAGCUCAUGAAGAGAAAGCUUUAAUAAAUCUUUAUGUUUGCCUGAUAUUCUUUAUAUGUACAUGUUGGGUUACUUCCUCACUUCAACAUUUAAAGUAGAGAACAAUGAACAGAGACAGUGAUGCUCUAUGUUGCCCCGUCUUCUGGAGAUUUGGAUAGCUUGGAAGGGUUGAAGUGAUAUGCCUCCAAGAGGUUCAUAUACAAAAAGAAUAUAGAAAAUUAUUAGAAAAUAGAAAAUUAGGAACAUUAUACACAACUUUAGCAGAUAAAAAGAAAGGGGGUAUUGCCAUAUAUGUAAAGGAAAAAAUCAAAUCAAAUCUAAGAUAUGCAGACGACAAAGGUAGAAUUUUGAUGGUGG